CCUAUUCAGGAUCCCAGCUGCGGUGAGCUUGUGGGACAGAAGAUUUCUGUGUGACAAAUAGAUCUCAAGUCUGCUUUUAAGGAAGACAGCUGUUCAGAACUCUCUCUGAAGAUGGCAGAAGCUCAUCAAGCGGUAGCUUUUCAAUUUACAGUAACUCCAGAUGGGAUUGACCUGCGAAUGAGCCAUGAGGCACUCAAACAAAUUUACCUAUCUGGUGUCCAUUCGUGGAAGAAAAAGUUCAUCAGAUUCAAGAAUGGAAUUAUCACUGGCGUUUAUCCUGCUAGUCCAUCUAGCUGGCUCAUUGUAGUUGUGGGUGUGAUGUCAACAAUGUAUGCCAAAAUUGAUCCGUCUUUAGGAAUAAUAGCUAAAAUCAACCGAACACUUGAUACAACUGGCUAUAUGUCAAACCAAACACAGAACGUCGUGAGUGGAAUACUUUUUGGCACUGGGCUUUGGGUUGCCCUUAUUGUGACAAUGCGCUACUCUCUAAAAAUGCUGCUUUCGUAUCAUGGUUGGAUGUUCGCUGAACAUGGCAAACUUUCUCCAGGCACCAAGUUUUGGAUGGCACUUGUGAAACUCUUCUCAGGACGUAAGCCCAUGUUAUACAGUUUCCAGACAUCUUUACCACGACUGCCAGUUCCAGCUGUUAAAGACACAGUCAGUAGGUAUUUGGAAUCAGUUCGGCCACUUAUGGAUGAUGAAGAGUUCAGAAGAAUGGAGGGUCUUGCCAAAGAUUUUGCAUUUAAUUUGGGACCAAGGCUUCAGUGGUAUUUGAAGCUGAAGUCCUGGUGGGCCACAAACUAUGUUAGUGAUUGGUGGGAAGAAUAUAUCUACCUUAGAGGACGUGGACCGAUUAUGGUUAAUAGUAACUAUUUUGCAAUGGAUUUCCUUUAUUUAUCUCCCACAACCCUGCAGGCAGCUAGAGCUGGUAAUGUUAUCCAUGCCAUCCUACUCUACCGGAAAAAACUGGACAGACAAGAAAUCAAGCCAAUUCUACUGAUGGGAUCUACUGUUCCACUCUGCUCAGCUCAGUGGGAACGAAUGUUUAAUACCUCCCGUAUUCCAGGAGAGGAAUCAGAUACUCUCCAGCAUGUGAAAGACAGCAAACACAUUGUUGUGUAUCACAAGGGCCGUUACUUCAAAGUGUGGCUGUACCAUGAUGGUAGACUACUGAAACCCCGAGAAAUUGAACAGCAGAUACAAAGAAUUCUUGAUGAUGAUUCAGAGCCUCAGGCUGGUGAAGAGAAGCUAGCAGCUCUUACUGCAGGAGAUAGAGUACCGUGGGCUAAAGCUCGACAGGCUUAUUUUAGCCGUGGAAAGAACAAACAGUCCUUAGAUGCUGUUGAAAAAGCAGCUUUUUUUGUGACAUUGGAUGACAUCGAUCAAGGGUACAGGAAAGAAGAUCCAGUGGGAUCACUGGAUGCCUAUGCAAAAUCCUUAAUACAUGGCAGAUGUUAUGACAGGUGGUUUGAUAAAACAUUCUCUCUUAUAGUAUUCAAAAAUGGCAGAAUGGGUCUGAAUGCAGAGCACUCUUGGGCAGAUGCUCCUAUUGUUGGACACCUGUGGGAGAAUGUAAUGGCAACUGAGUAUCUUGAACUGGGCUAUUCAGAAGACGGGCAUUGCAAAGGAGAUACCAAUCAAAAUAUUCCUAUCCCUACCAAACUACAGUGGGAAAUUCCAGAAGAAUGUCAAGAAGUGAUUGAGAGGUCUCUGAGCACUGCCACAGCUCUAGCAGAUGAUGUAGACUUCCAUUCAUUUUUCUUUGAUGCUUUUGGGAAGGGACAAAUAAAGAAAGCAAAAACCAGCCCUGAUGCCUUCGUGCAACUUGCCCUGCAGCUUGCUCACUAUCGGGACAUGGGAAAAUUUUCUUUAACAUAUGAAGCCUCUAUGACACGCUUGUUCAGAGAAGGCAGGACCGAAACUGUUCGUUCAUGUACUGUUGAAUCAUGUAAUUUUGUUCAAACCAUGGAAGACCCAACUGAAAGCAAUGAAAAUAAGCUUAAGUUCUUUCGGCUUGCUGCUGCUAAACAUCAGCACUUAUAUCGUCUCGCCAUGACCGGUGCUGGCAUUGACCGCCAUCUGUUUUGCCUUUAUGUUGUGUCCAAGUACCUUGUUGUAGAUUCUCCUUUCCUUAAGGAAGUUUUGUCAGAGCCUUGGAGGCUGUCAACGAGUCAGACACCACAACAACACAUUGAUCUAAAGAAGAACCCUGAGAUGUUAUCCUGUGGUGGAGGAUUUGGACCGGUGGCUGAUGAUGGUUAUGGUGUUUCUUACAUUAUCUUGGGUGAAAAUGCCAUUCAUUUCCAUGUCUCCAGCAAAAUAUCGUGUUCUGAGACAGAUUCUCAUCGUUUUGGAAAAAACAUCCAAAAAGCAAUGGUUGACAUCAUGGGUUUAUUUAACCCCAGUAAAAACUGUACCAAGUGAUGUGCCUUAUUGGUGCCAAGCAAUCUCCUGUGGCUGGGAUGAGAACUCUUCUGAACAGUGAAUGAGACCAAGGUUUGUCAAAUAGUAGCUGGCGAAGAAACUGAGUCAACGUCAUCUUGAUCACCUAUGAAGACCUUAGCAGUGUACUGAAUGUUUCUUUUUUUUUUUUUUUUCUCCACUAGUUUGGAAGAGUUUAUUUCCACAAAGGAUGACUUUUGAAAUCUU